AUGCGAUGCCCCACGAGUCUGAGCCAGCCGCGAAGACCAGGACUCGAUGACAAGAAGAAGCACAAAUCCAAGAAGGCGAAGAGCGUCGCGUUCGCCUGCCCGGCCAGCCCGCCGCCACCGCUCGCCGCCGCUGGCCCACCGCUUCCGGAUGGCGCCGCGGAAUGCGCAAAGCGCGCGAUGGCGCUCGCCUGUGCGGCGCUUCUGCACAACAUCACCGAGCAGGGCGGCCGCACCCAGUCGACCAUCUUCGACGCCGAGGAGGCCUUCCACGAAAUGAAGGGCAUCGAGAUGGAGACGCUCCCCCGCUCGGUUCGUGCUCGAAUCGAGGCUUCUCGGCUCGUCCUUCUCGUGCCUGGCGCCUUGCCGGUGACUGCUCUCCCGGAUCACAUCCCCUCCUGGGCGCCGCCGCUCUACAGCCAGAAAUUGAACUUUGUCGACCCGUUCGCCCCGGUGCCAGAGCCAGUCGCCGAACCCCCGAUCCCGGUCGACGAUUUCCCGGAUUUUAUGGGCGCCGAUGUGCGGAGUUUGGGCAUCCUGCCCGACCCCCGGACGGCGCUCGUCGCCCCGAUCCGUGUGCGCAAGAACCUGCCGCUGACGGUGGACACCUCUUACACGCAGGUCUCCAUCCAGAUGCUCGAACGGGACGCCGACCAAGAGCACCCCGACACUUUGAAGGCCCCCGUGCUGCGCAUCAAGAUCAUGAAGCCGACCUCGUUCGACGUGUCGUCGCCGAUGAACUCGCCGGCCCUGCCCGUGCCGCCAAUGUCCGCCCCGCCCGUCCAUUCGAUGACCGGAGCUGCCGAUACCUGGACGAAUUCACCGCAACUGCCCACGAAGCCGAUGAUCUCGCCGCUGAUCGCCUCGUCGGCCACAAACUCCGGCCGCAGCACGCCGCUCCACCAUCCGUUUACGCCAUCAAAUGCGCAGCCGCCGCUCGGGCUCGGACAACCGAUUACGACGUCAAAUGCCGUGCCGGCCAAGAAACGCGGACGGCCGCCGAAGAAGGGCGGCGCGGCGGCGUCGAGGCGCGGGAGUGUCGUCGACGAUCCGAACGAGCUCUCGCCGGCCAUCGCCUCCAUCGUGCAGGCGAUCAACGACGACGUGGCGCGGCAGCUGCGCGGCUUCUCCCCGCUCGCCGCCGCCAGCCCCACCUACAGCAGCCAGCCGGCCACCCCCACCACGCCCAGCGCCGCCCCCAAAAAGGUCAUCAGGCGUGCCUCCUACGUGCCACCCGUGGCCCCGAUGGUGCUCCCGGCUCGCGCGAAUCGAGGUCAAAACCCCCGGAAUCUCUCGCCGCCCCUCGCCACGCCCACCACACCGGCCACGCCGAAAGAGAAAAAGAAGUUCGUCGAGAAGCCGCAGGCUUUCCCUCCAAUGAUCCUGAAGUUGCCCGCGUGGCCCAAAGCUCAGCCGGCACCUCCACCACCACCAGCACCAGCUGCUGCUCCUCCCCCCGCUCCGCUCAUCCUCAAGUUCCCGCCGAUCGCCGUGGCUGUCCCGCCCCCGCAAGUGGUUACGCAAUCGCCGGCCCGUCCACUCCCUGCCCCAAUUCCGCAAGAAUCUCCCUCGGGCUACCACCUGCCACGCCGUCAGCACCAGCCGCCGAAGAAGUUCCAGGAUUUCGAGUCGGAUCUGCCGCCAUCGCUGGGCGGCCGGAAGCGUGGCCCGUCCGAAGCCGUCGAGCCCUCGCCCACCAUCCGUGCCCCCACCACCAAGAAGGCCCGCCUGGACACGCCGCAGGCCACUCCCUCGGCUCGCGGUUCAUUGACGAAGAAGCGGGGCCGUGGCCGUCCAGCUGGUGUGGCCGGUCGGGCUGCGGUACCCAGUCCGCCGAAGCAAACCGUUCCCAAGCUGCGUCUCAUCAUCCCCAGGACUACGGUAGAAGAGCGUGAAGACGACGACGAGGAGGAGGAGGAGUUUGAAGAUGACGUCGAGGAGGACGAGGAGCCCGAGGCGCCGCCCGCCCGGCUGCCGCUCAAGCUUCGGAUAUCGUUCGGAUGCGAUCGCAUCGGUGAUGGCGCCCAAAACUCGCCGGAACCUCGCGUCGCCCUCAACAUUGACCUCGGCCAGCGCUUCGGCUUCACCGGCACCGUGAAUGGCGAUGGUGGCGACGAGGGCGAGGUGGAUGGAAGAGAAGCAGACGGCCCGGCGACGGAGAGGAUCGACAAGCGCGCCAAGCCGGUAGAAGACCAACAAGGCCGGGACGUCGUCGUGAAUGCUCUGAUGGACGAGCUGUUGGACCGAAUUUCGGCCCAA